GGAAGAUAAUAAUAAGAUUUGUGGGAGAGUCAAAAAUGUGCUGAUGUUACAGAAAUGGAGGAUGGCUUGCUGAAGAUAUUGAUCCUGUUCUUUCUGAUUCUGGGUCAGGGGUGUCAAGAACUAGAAGCUACUGAGCUCAAUUCCGAGAAGAGCAUUGUGUUUGGACCUGGUAUUGAUCCUAAGAGAAGCAGUUUACCUAUCAAUUACUUUUACAUACAAGCUGUGGACAAGCAUGGCAACAACUUGACAGAUUUUGAUGAGAGCAGUCUUUCAAUAAGCAUCGAGUCUCCUCAAAAGGUCCGCUACCGUACGGAAACCCUCAACCUGGGAGAUGGACUUCUCUUCUACCAGUAUCGCAUCUUCUCUGAAACACACACAUUAGCUAUUCACAUUAGACACAAGGGGAGAGCCAUCGCUCAGUCACCGUACCAGCUUGGACCUCUGAUGCAUGAGAACUGUGCAUGCCCACUAAGAAGCCCUGUCCAAUGGUUGGAAGACUUUAACUGCCCCGCCAUUCAGCCACAGAUAGCCAACGAUCUAAAGACGUUCAGGGCUAAGGGGGUGAAUGUGACAGAAUUCUAUGACACAGCAACCGAGAUGUUCAGUAGAUCGUCCAUGGUGCACUACUCCAUUGUAGAUGGGAAGCUGUAUGCUCGGACAUUUGGGAGCAUUGUUGGAUUCAAAUUCCUCUCUGACAUGAUCCUACUCUCUGUGACCAACAAGGUGGUACUGCCAGACAUGGAGUUGAUGGUGAACCUAGGGGACUGGCCACUCAGUAAGGUGAAGAAGGGCUCUCCGCCGUUCCCCAUGUUCUCAUGGUGUGGAUCGGGGGACACUUGGGACAUUAUCUGGCCCACUUGGGACCUCAUGAAGUCGACCAUCAUGGGAAUGGACAGGGUCAGCCUCUCCAUUCUAACGGCCCAGCGCUCCCUCGGCCAUCCCAGAUGGGAGGACAGAGACCCAAGAGUCUUCUUCAGGGGCAGGGACAGUAACCAGGCUCGUCUGGACCUCAUCAGAGAUCACCAUGGAAACAGUGAGUUGUUUGACGUCGGCAUCACGGCUUGGUUCUUUUUCCAGUACGAUGAGAAUGUGUACGGACCCAAAGCUGAGAGAGUGGGGUUCCAUGAUUUCUUUAAGUACAAGUAUCAGAUCAACAUUGAUGGCACUGUUGCUGCAUAUCGCCUGCCCUAUCUUCUCGCUGGGGGGUCUCUUGUGUUGAAACAGGACUCCUCAUACUACGAACACUUCUACCACCAGCUCGAGCCGUGGGAGCAUUACAUACCCCUCCACAGAAACAUCAGUGAUGUACUGGAGAGAGUGGAAUGGGCGAGAGAAAAUGAUGAUCAGGCAAGGAAGAUUGCAAUGAACUCAGCCGUGUUUGUCAGACAGAACUUACUACCUGAGCAUCUCUACUGCUAUAUUGUCCGAUUGCUUAAGGAUUAUGGACAACUGAUGGUAGGCACUCCCAAAAUUCAUGAUGGAAUGGAACCGGUUGCUCCAGAAGUUCCACGGGACUGUACCGCAUUCUGUGAGCAGAUUCGAUCGUCAAUUCACAAGAUACCAAGAGAAGAACUAUAGGCUUCAGCUACUGAUUAAGUCACAACUGACAGCAUUUGCGAAAAUGCAGUAACUAUUGAAUUGACACAGCUUGAAAUGCUCACAAAUGUCAUCAUUUUAGCUAGAUAUCGAUAUCGCCGUGUUUACUAGCUUGAUAUAAUUAUUUUGCCCAUAA